UCUCCAUCCACACUCUCUCUCUAUUGGUGUUUCUGAUUCCUGCAUCAAAGAUAAUCAAUUUUUGAUGAUAACAUAUCCAAAACAAUACAUGGAGUCUUCUAGUGUCCAUCGCUCUGACCAUUGUUUCGAUAUAUUCGAAGGAAUGCCGCCACAAGACGAUCAUUUCAACUCGACAUUCCUACCAAACGCCAACUUCCAUGUCCCAUCGCAGUCACCAAACAUAUCAACACGCAGCAACAACCACCGCUUUCACUUAGACCCAAACGGAGAACACGUUUACGAGGGUCUGGUUCCAGACGAGAGAAGGGCGAAAAGAAUGGUCUCAAACCGAGAAUCAGCGAGAAGGUCGCGUAUGCGGAAGAAGAAGCAGAUAGAAGAGCUGCAGCAGCAAGUGGAACAGCUCAUGAUCUUGAACCAUAACUUGUCCGAGAAAGUCAUCAACUUGCUGGAAAGUAACCACCAGAUCCUGCAAGAGAACUCGCAGCUGAAGGAGAAAGUCUCUUCUUUUCAAUUGCUCAUGGCGGAAAUGCUGAUACCGGUGAGAAAUGUGGAUGGCGGCAGCAUCAAUGACCGUAAUCUGAAUCAUCAUCAUCAUCUCAGAGGAGAGACUUCGACCAGGACCAACACUUUCUUUGGUAGGUAAAACAA